AAAAGAAUCAUACGAAGUAUAUUCCUCAGUAGUUUCCUCUACUUCUCCCACGUGCCCCACCCUAAAAUGACACGUAUCUGACCUUACCAAUUACCAUCUCAAUCGAAAUUGUACGUUGGAAAAAUCCCUCCCGCUUCAACACGGAACCGGGCAAUCUCGUCCUCAAAGUACAACGGAAAAGCAGAUUUUAGGGUUCAAGCUUUUUACGCAGUUCGGCCUAGGAUUAGCAUCGGAGGUAGUCAGAAAGGGCAUAUUCUUCUGUUUCCCAGUUCAUAAUAAGGGUAACGCCGCGUUUCGAUUUUAUCUUUCCUACAAAAAAAAAACCGUCAGUAAAAUACCCAUCGAUCACAGGUCCGAUCAUCACCUAAAUCAGUCGAUCACAGUCAUGGCGACUCCCGAGGUUCUGCAAAGAGAAGCCAACCUUCUUCUAUCAUCUCCCUUGAUUGAGCUUCGUAAAGGAGAAAAUAGCAAAUCUCGUGGGCUCUCGAUUGAGAAGAAGAUUGAGCUUCUCGAGAGCUUGACUGGAAAAGUUACAAGCCGACGUUCUCGGAGAUGGUUAAAUGAUCGUUUAUUGAUGGAACUUGUUCCUCGCUUGAAUGCGGAAGAAAUCAGAGGUUUAUUUGCUCCACCACCAUGGGGUGAUGAUGUGCCACCAUCAGCGUUUUGCAUGACUAAUGUGGGAGAAUGGGACAAAUUUAGGAAUAUAGACAUGGAUAAAGAGGCUAAUAUUAUUGGUGCCUUAAAUAAUUCGUCGACAAAGAAGAAAUUUCAUGCUGAUGGUGAUAAGAUGGCUGUCUUGAAUGCAUGGCGGAGAAUUGAUUGUCGAACAAGGGAAGCACUACGCCGUAGCUUUCUUUCAGAGCUCAUUCAAGGUUAUGAGGAUUGCAUACGAGCCUUCAUCAAGGAAAGUGGAGAUGGAGAUGUCCUCGCCUUGCAGGUCCAAGAUCCUUUCCAUAGGUUGUUGCUGCAUGGUGUCUGUGAGUUCUACAACUUGGUCUCGAUAACAGUUACACAGUUGAAGGAUGCAGAGUCACUGAAGGUGACAAGGAUAAAGAAGAAGACGGAUGUAGUUGAUCUCCCAAAUAUCAGGUUGUCCCAUUUCCUGAAAAUGUCAAAGGAGGGCAUUUGGUAGUUCUACGUGCAGAUUUAUGUUUGUAAAUAAAAGUUGUGCACAAUGCUGCAUUUCUAACUUCAUGUAUCUCGAUGGAGUAAUUUAUUUGCAUUAAUAAAAUCACCUGUAAAUGUAGUUCAUUGACCUAUAGCUUUGAGAAGCUUUGGGUUUAGUUCGGAAACAUGAUUCCAAACUGUUGUUGUACUAUAUUUUUAGAUGGUCUCGCAUUCUUUUUCUGUAUCAA